AGCUGCAUCGCUAAAUGUCUUGGUGUUUCAAGAAGAACAAUCUUCAGGAGGAUGCAAGAAUUUGACUUGUCUGUGAGAGGAACAUACAGCACAAUGAAUGACCAAGAGCUGGACAACAUCAUAUCGGCUAUCAAAAAUCAGAUGCCAAAUGCUGGCUAUCGAAUGGUUCAAGGACAUUUGGUUUCUAUGGGUCUCCGUGUUCAGUGGUGGAGAAUGAUGGCCUCCAUGCAUCGAGUUGAUGCUGUUGGGAUCUUCACACGGAUUACAGAACUAGGCUGUGUUGUGCGAAGAAGCUACUCGGUGCGAGGCCCUCUCUCCCUUGUCCACAUAGACACAAAUCACAAGCUAAUAAGGUACAAUGUUGUGAUCUUUGGUGGAGUGGAUGGCUACUCAAGGAAGGUCCUGUACUUGGAUGCAGCAACUAACAACAGGGCAAAAACUGCAUUCUCAUUUUUCCUGAGAUCAGCCCAGCUUCACGGCUUGCCAUCAAGGGUUAGGGCAGAUCAAGGAGUAGAAAACCUGGACAUUGCACAUUUCAUGUUUGCCACAAGAGGAACAGGGAGAGCGAGUUUCAUAUCUGGAAAGAGUGUCCACAAUCAGAGAGUAGAACGACUUUGGCGUGAUGUCUGGAUUGCAGUCACUAGCAAGUACCAUGAUGUUCUUCACUCACUUGAGGAGGAUGGCCUGCUUGACAUUUCAGAUGUCAUUCAUCUCUUUGGUGUCCACUACAUCUUUGUCCCUCGACUCCGAGCAGAUCUUGUCACCUUUGUUGGAGGAUGGAAUAAUCAUCCCCUCAGGACAGAAGGUGGUUUCACUCCUGAACAGCUCUGGUGUAUGGGACAUCUACAAGAGCUGGAUGAGGGCGAGAGACUUGAGGUACCAGAUCAUAAUUUUUUGCUCUUCUGAAAUUAACAUAUUA